CAAGCACGUGUGUACAUUUAACCUCACUAAAACCAGCAUGCCUUGAUAGUUCUCUUCAAUCAUAGUAAACAUAAACACGUUCCUUCUGAGUGCUAACAAAUAUUAAUGAUAUAAAACAUAACGUGAUAAAAAAUGAACUAUUUGACGGAACCGACGUUAAAAAACCUUCAAGGUGAUUUUGGAAUACCUCCUAAGGAACAAAAUAUUAUUUUAAAACAAUUAGGCCUGCCACACAUCGCUUCCUUUGAUUAUAUUACUGACCAGGGUCUGGCCCUAGCUAUUGCUGAUCUGGACCCAGUUGAAUUUGAUCUGCCCAAUAACAAUGACAGAAUCAAAUUGCAAAUCAUUGAUGCCAGUUUAUCACAUUCACUUGUACCUCAUGGCAUUGCCGGCGUUAAAAAACCUAUGGUAUUACCAUUAGAAUGCCGCCAGAGACAUGGUACAUACAAGGGAAGGUUUGUUGGAAGAAUAGCAUGGAGUUUGAAUGGAGUGGAGCAGAAACACUUUGAUAAAGAUUUUGGUGAAAUACCCAUUAUGAUAAAGUCAAAUAGAUGCCACUUGGCUAGAAUGUCACCAGCAGAAUUGGUGAGCCAUGGGGAGCAUGAACAGGAAUGGGGUGGAUAUUUUCUAAUUAAGGGUCUGGAGAGAUUAGUGAGGAUGUUGUUGAUGACACGUCGGAAUUUCCCGAUUGCAAUUUCACGUUCGGGAUGGAAAGGACGCGGGCCGUUGUUUUCUGACAUGGGGGUGAUUAUAAGAUGUGUUAGGCAAGAUGAAUCUAGUGUGAAUAAUGUCCUUCAUUAUGUAACUGAUGGUACCGUAAAAGUAAUGUUCAGCCAUCGUAAAAUUCUCUAUUACGCACAUUUAGUCCUCAUUCUAAAAGCGCUCUGCGACGUAACUGAUAAAUAUAUCCAUAAACGCUUACUGCAAGGUUAUGAAGAUAAACUUCACUACACCGCAUGCGUGGAGAACAUGAUCAGAAUCGUUCACGAACAGGAUUUACACACGCAUGAAGAAUGCAAAGCGCAUCUAGGAAAAAUCUUCCGCGUGAAAUUUUACGAGUGUCCCAGCUGGUGGACGGAUAUUGAAAUAGCGGAUCAUAUUAUCAAACGUUGUCUCAUGAUCCACCUUGAUGAUAACAUGGAAAAGUUUGAUAUGUUGAUCUUGAUGUGUCAGAAACUGUUUGUUUUCUCCAGUAAUAAAUGUCUUGUUGAGGGUGUUGAUUCUGUAAUGAUGCAGGAAUUACUCCUGGGUGGACAUUUGUAUUUAAGUGUCUUGAAGGAGAAACUACAAACGUUUCUCACCGUGUUGAAAAGCGUUAUUUUAAAGAAAGCUGGAAAUACUUUGAAUAGUUUGAAUCUUGAGGAGAUGAAAAACUGCGCGCGCAUGUCGGGGACAUUUGAAAGUUCGAUGGAAGCGUUCUUAGCCACGGGGAAUAUAUCUUCUCAAAGCGGGUUGGGUCUGAUGCAGGAUAAGGGAUUGACUAUUGUACCGGAAAAUAUCAACCGGAUGCGAUACAUGAGUCAUUUUAAAGCUGUGCACAGAGGUUCGUUUUUCCAAGAGAUGCGAACAACUGAGGUGCGACAACUUUUACCAGACGCCUGGGGUUUUAUCUGUCCGGUACACACACCUGAUGGUGCACCAUGCGGACUGCUUAAUCAUUUAACUCUGGAUUCAGUUGUGACGGUGCAACCAGACGCUUCUAAAUUGGCAAAACUUCCUGAAAUGUUGCAAUAUUUGGGAAUGAAAACGAUUGAUAAGUGUAAGAAAAAGUCCUAUGUAGUAAUCCUGGAUGGAAAAGUUAUGGGAUACGUAGAUCAGGAACGCGCUAGUGAAAUGGCGGACACAUUGAGGAUGUUGAAAAUUAAAGGGGAUGAAGUUCCAGAGCACAUGGAGAUUGUUCUGGUAAAAGCUAAAGAAAGUCGUGGACAAUUUCCAGGCUUGUUUUUGUUUACUGGUCCCGCAAGGAUGAUGCGACCAUUGUGGAAUUUGAGAGCGGGUAAAAGAGAAUUUGUGGGCACUUUCGAACAAGUCUAUAUGGAAGUAAGCGUGUGUCCGGAAGAAGCGUAUGAAUGCACUACACACAUGGAGAUAUCCAAAACAGGAUUCAUGUCUAAUUUGGCACGUUUGAUUCCUAUGCCUGAUUGUAACCAAUCACCUAGGAAUAUGUACCAGUGUCAGAUGGGAAAACAAACUAUGGGUACACCAUGCCAUACUUGGGAUCUUCAAGCGGAGACGAAGUUGUACAGGUUGCAAACACCAACUAGUCCUUUGUUUAGACCUGUGCAUCAUGAUAAUAUUGGGUUGGAUGAUUUUGCCAUGGGGACCAACGCCAUUGUCGCUGUUAUUAGUUAUACUGGUUAUGAUAUGGAGGACGCCAUGAUUAUUAACAAGUCGUCGUAUGAACGUGGUUUUGCACAUGGAUCUAUUUAUAAGACGGAGUUUAUCGAGCUGGAGACGACUGGUUCAUAUUUUUGUCGAGAUCCGACUAAUGCUUCAUUGGUUACUUAUUUGGAUACGGAUGGUUUGCCGUAUGUCGGACGGAAAGUUACAAUGGACGAGCCGAUUUGCUGUUUCUAUAGCACCGAUCGAAAUAUGUAUGUGGUGCAGAAGGCUAAAGCGAAAGAGGAAUGCUACAUAAAUAGCGUACGACUUUGUGGCGAGUUUAGUUUAAAGAAGCCACAAGUUGCAUGUCUAACGUUCAGAGUGCCGCGUAAUCCAACUGUCGGCGAUAAAUUUGCAUCUCGGGCCGGUCAGAAAGGUAUUUGCUCACAGAAAUGGCAAUCUGUUGACUUACCUUUCACGGAAACUGGCCUAGUACCUGAUAUUGUCUUCAAUCCUCAUGGUUUCCCGUCUCGUAUGACCAUCGCCAUGAUGAUCGAGAUCAUGGCGGGAAAAUCAGGCGCCCUCCAUGGAUUAGUACAUGACGCCACACCAUUUAAGUUUGACGAAGAUGAUACAGCGAUCGACUACUUUGGGAGGCUUCUGGAAUUUGCAGGCUACGACUACUAUGGAACCGAAACAAUGUAUUCAGGUAUUGAUGGUCGUGAAAUGAAUGCGCGCAUCUUUAUGGGGGUUGUACACUACCAACGCCUGCGGCACAUGGUAUCAGAUAAAUACCAAGUACGUGCAACUGGACCAAUUGACAUUCUCACACGGCAGCCUCUCAAAGGAAGGAAGCGUGGCGGUGGUGUGCGUUUUGGUGAGAUGGAGCGGGAUUCGUUGAUUAGUCACGGCGCCCCAUUUUUACUACAGGAUCGUUUGUUACACUGCACUGAUAAAUCCACGACCCAACUUUGUAGGAAAUGUUGUACCUUGAUUGGUGUCUUGAAGGUGGUGACGAGUAAAGCAGAAAAGCCGAAUCAAUCGGAAGUGAAGGAUAAGUGCCAGUUUUGUGGCGGAGAAGGCGACACUAUUGCAGAAAUGCAAAUUGCUUAUAUUUACAAGUUUCUUGCGAAUCAACUUGGUUCUUCUAAUAUUAGUAUUAAGUUAGAGGGCGAAAAUGAUUAAGUUGUAUUUGUUUAAGCUUACCUGUAAUUAAUUAAAUAUAAACUAUUUCAUUACA